AUGGUAUUGGAUCUACGUACACCGAGCGUUGAUGGUGCUGCUAUAAAGACACCCAUUGUCGAGAGCGAGACGACAGUUUGCUUGCAGCUGGCACACUUUUUGGACGACAGACAAACUGCGGUAACCUUUUUUAUUAUGAAGUAUUACGCGUGUGUUGUCGCCUGCUGGGCGCUGCUGGCUGUGGUCGGGCGUGCAACGCCGGCGAAGAUCGAAGGCCUGGAACAGACGCAGGAAAUUGGUGAUGUGAACGACAGAGAACCUCGACUGUUCUUUCAGUUCUUCACGAUUACCCCAGACAGCUGCACAACGAACAUAAACACUCAAGGAAUUUGUUACUCAGCAACCGACUGCAAAAAUUUGGGGGGCACCGCAAGUGGCAGUUGCGCGGUGGGCUUCGGAGUUUGUUGCACAUUCUCGCGCAGUUGUGAGUCGUCAACAAACGUGAGUCAAACUUUGUUCCAAAAUCCCGGGUAUCCUGCAGCUACAACCACUGUCCUCGAUGCUUGCCGUCUCAAGGUUUAUCCUGUAAACAGCAACAUCUGUCAAAUUCGUCUGGACUUGACAGAUUUCAGCUUUCCCCAGCCCGACAUAGAGGGAGAGUGUGUCACGGACUUCCUGCAAGUUAUUGGGGGAGUCACGAACACACCAUUGAUUUGCGGAGAAAAUUUUGGCCAACAUUUGUACGUGGAUGUGAGUCCAGACUUCGGGAGCGUGACGAUCAACGUUGUAGCCUCAGCACCGGGGGCAAAGUGGAACAUCUCCGUCACACAAAUAGAAUGUAACUCUGAAAACAGAGCCCCGGCGGGCUGCCUCCAGUACUUCACCAACACAAAGGGAACCAUCAAAAGCUUCAACUACGACGCUACAACCUUCCCGAACUCCACUCCACCCACGGCCACCACGCAGCUGGCAAGUCAGGUAUACGGCGUCUGCAUAAAGCCGCAGUCUGGCUUCUGCAGCGUCUCCUACAAGAAAACAAGCGGGUUGGUCAAUGACUACACCUUCUCCACGACUGGGGACGCGAGCAUCUAUCCUCCCGGUGAUCCUCUUCCCGGUAAAGCUGGCAGUGCAGAUUGCACCACAGAUUACCUGAUGAUCCUCGGCGGUACCAUAACGGAUGCAAACUACGUAGUCAUCUCCGCUGAUCGUUACUGUGGCUUCAACUUCCCCAGUAAAGUAGAAACCUCCGUGCAGCCGUUCGUGCUCUACGUGGUCACUGACGCACAAGAAACAACUUAUGCCGACAGUCAACUCAUAGAUGGCCCCAACGUUGGCUUUUCCGUCGACUACAGAAUGCAAGCUUGUUAAUUGAAGCGCCGGAAUCAUUGAAGCUGUGUUGUCCUAGCGGCACAUGAAUGCUAAGACCUGCACCGGUUCAAUGAUAUGUUUACUUAUAAUAUAUUU